AUGCCAUCGCUGCCAUAUACUAUAUAUUGCCAACAAUAUGAUUUUCAAUAUCCCACUUCUAAUACUGAGGAUACUGCUAGUAAUGGUUCCCAGCCAUUGUCAAAGGAGCAACAGUCCCCGUCAUCAUCAAAGGAGCAACAGUCCCCAUCAUCAUCAAAGGAGCAACAGUCCCCAUCAUCAUCAAAGGAGCAACAGUCCCCGUCAUCACCCGUUCUUAUGUCUGCUGUAAUAUCUCACGAAAAUUUACAGCAACAACAGCAACUGCUGCUGCUAUCACAACUGUCUACAAAACAACUGGUUAUACUAAUAGAUGAUUCAUUACCUCGACCUCAAACCAAUAUGCUAUCACAUGGUUAUCAGUCAUCCGUAUCCUCAAUAUCAUCAACUGGCUCUAUAUCCCCCUUGCCUGGUUUAAUCAAUUAUUCACCAAAACAUUCACGCAAGAUAAACUCAUUUCACGUUAGUAAGAAUACUAAAAACUUGUCCUUGAACCUUACCAGCUCGAAUGGAUCUUCUUCAAAGUUAAACCAACCAAAUACCAUAUGUUCCAAUAGAAACGGUUUAUCAAUAAAAUCCUCAAUUGAUUCACCAACAAAAAGUUUACACAAUUUAAGAAUUUCACAGUUACUGGAAAACAAUAAAACUAUUAUGUAUAGUCAAGAAGCAUUGCAAACCCCCUCGGUUACUCAUACUCCCAAAUUACCACCUCCCACCCCACGGCAACUCCGACCCACCAGCUGCAAAAGUGACUAUGAAAAAAAAUCUUACAAGUUCCCAUUGUCUUAUAUCAGCCCUGAAAUGGAUGACAAUAUCUCAUCAAUGAGUGGUAUAAUAAGAGACUCCAAUAGUAGCAGAAUUGAACGAGAGCGAAUAUUUCCUCCGGCUCCACCACCUUUUGCAUUGGAUUCCAAAUCAUCGCCAUUAUCAGCACCACCAAGAUUACCGAGCCCGGACCAAGUCAUUGCCUCUUCCACAUCCACUUCAUCAAGAUCAUGCAAUAAGAUUACUUCUUCCUCCUCGUCACCAUCAUCAUCGGCGUCGUCGUCGUCGUCGUCGUCGUCGUCGUCAUUGUCACCGCCUACAAAACUCCUGAAAAAUAUUAAAAAAAUGUCUAUUGAAUCUCCUUUAGAGACGAAUUUCUCAAAAGAGAUUACGGAAUCAACAUCGCUCUUUCAUGUAAAAACACCGCAAAAUCUAACUUACAAUUCCAAGCUUUUCAAAAUCCCAUAUGAACUCCAAGAAUCAACGGCUAUAAAUGCAUAUCCUACAGGUCCUCGCAACGUCCUCAACAAUCUCAUAUUUCUAUAUUCAGACCCACACAACAAAAUCGAUAUAAAUCAGUAUAACUUGGUGAUAAACGUUGCUAAAGAAUGCCUCAAUUUAUCUCAUAUCUAUCUUAAUCAAGAACGAAAUCACCGCGAGUAUGUGCAUGUACCAUGGUCACAUACAUCAUUGAUAUCCGAAGAUCUUAGUGACUUGACUACAAAAAUCGAUUAUUUUUUAUCCCGGGGAUUGAAGAUAUUGGUGCAUUGUCAGUGUGGGGUAAGUAGAAGUGCUUGUGUGAUUGUGGCUUAUUUCAUGAAGAAGUUUAAUUUAGGCGUGAAUGAAGCUUAUGAAAUGUUGAAAAACGGUAAAGCUGUAAAUGACACUAGUUUGGAUACUGGUAGCGAUGGUAAAGAUGGUGCAUUGGUUGAGAAGAAAAUCGAGGUUGAGAAGUGUGAUCACAUAUGUCCUAAUAUGAGCUUGAUUUUCGAGUUGAUGGAAUUUGGGGAUAAAUUGAAUUCAAAUGUUGUUACUACCUCUCAAUUAUUGACUAUGUCGCCUUCGAGGGUUGAUAUAUAG